UACUACCACUCCUAUCACUUAUGAUGAUGAUGGCGAAGAUGAAGGUGAUGGUGGUGAUGAUGAUGAUGAUGAAGACAAACAAAGUGUCGUCACGGUCACGUGUCGUCAUCUGCUCCACAGCCCGCGCUCGCGCCUUUUUUUUUUGCCCUCUUGUUUGUGUGUGUAGUGAAAUUUAAGAAGGCUCACACACUUGCAAGCGCACGAGCGAACUCACGCGUAGCGACAGACGAGAAGACGACGAUGAUGAUAUUCUUUCUUUUACUACUCUGCAUACACUGUCCGGUCAGUAUGUCAGUGACGGUGAGCUCUCCAAAAACCAAAGUGGAGGUCCAUGAACACACAGAUGCUGUUCUAUCCUGCGACUUCCGCACUGAGAAGGACCAGAAUCCUCGAAUUGAGUGGAAGAAGAAAGAAAAAGCCGUGAUCUUUGUCUACUUCAAUCACAAAUUUACCGGCUCGUAUGCAGGCCGGGCCAAAAUGGAGGGAGCCACUCUGACCAUCCACUCGGUGACACAAAAAGACUCCGGGGAGUAUCGUUGUGAGGUGACCGCCGGCGAUGACCACGUCAGUUUCGGAGAGGCCACCGUCACCCUCGAUGUACACGUGCCGCCCCAUAUCCCAUCUUGCGAAGUGCCCCACUCGGUGUUUGUGGGCUCCGACCUAGAGCUCCUGUGUAAAGACAAGCAGAGCGUGCCCCCGGCGACGUACAGCUGGUACAAAGAUAACAGGGCCCUGAAGGUCUCGUCCAACACGCCGUACCGCAUGGACACGCGCAGAGGCACCCUGAAGUUUACAAGCGUUUCCAAAGUAGAUUCUGGGAUGUAUCGCUGCGAGUCCUCCAACAGUGUGGGGGCACCCAAAAGCUGUGUGGCACAACAACUAAAGGUUAUUGACUAUCCGGUGGAUACCGCCAUUUUGAUCGCUGGCGCUUCAGGUUUUGUGGUUCUCACGCUCCUCUGCUGCAUCUGUGUGUGUGUAUGCCGACGUCAAGGAUGCUGCAAAAGUGACAACUUGUACAGUUUGUCUUGCAGCGCCAAGUCGUACAACCCUCCUCCUCCUCCACCCAUCCACAAUAUCAAGACCUACAAACCAACUCAGUCCUUCAUGAUCUGAUUUGUGCUAUGAGGGUCAAACCAAUCCAGAAUUCAACAUGUUGUUCUUCAAUGCACUGGACUGUUUAGCCCACGCUGGUAUUUUCUCAAAGACCAAAACCUAAAGCGGACUUUUGUCCUAAUCCUUGCUGGAACGCCCCCGACACAAAUGUGGCUCAAGGGCAAUUUCUGCCAUGUCUAUGUAACACAGGGUUCAAAAGUUUUUAUGAAGAAGGUUUCAUUAUUUGCUAUUUCUGUAAAGGUGCCAGUAUUACACUCAUGCCCGCUCACUUAUUCUGACAAACUAGCAAAGAUUCCGAUUGCAUUUGAUCUAUUUUUCCACACACAGAACCUUUAUUUUUCUUGUUACUAUGUUCAUAUUCUUCAUUUUACAACAUUGUAUAUGUUUGUGUGUAAAUGUGUUAUAGUUACUCUCUCACUUUUGUUUGCGUGUGAUUUAAGAAACAAAUUGAACGGGUGUCUGCAAACACUGAAGGAUCUUUGUAUACAGUUCGACGUUUAUAUUUUCACAAAUCUCACAUCUGCAUUUGUAGGAAAAAAAUGGAGGUUGUGCAUGUUUUUUUUUUAAUUCAAGCCUCAUAUUUCAAAAUGACUUUGGAGAUUGUUUGGCUUAAAAGCAUCAAUGAAUGAAUGAAUGAAAUACACACGAAAUCCAGACAUUAAUUAAGUAAUGAAAUGAAGUCAACUAAAUUCCUAUAUUAAAAGUGUUAUCGUUUCAAAAUUGAGUUUUGAAGGUUGACAUCUGUAUUUGCUGCGUAGUGCAAAAAAACCAACGAGCUUUUUUCAUGAGUACAUCGCAGAGAUGCGUGUUGUAGUACUGCCAUAUGACCACAAGAGGGAAACGGUGCUCUGAAUAUUGGUGGCCUCAUGAACUGAAAGUGCCUUCAUUCAUUUUGCAUGAACUGUACGAGCAUUAGUUCAUCAUACUGCAUUUGAUUUUAAUGUCUCCCCUUUAUGAUUUGUAUCCUUUUUAUUGUAGUCUAUUAAAAGUUUUGACAUGCAAA